AAUUCCCACCAAGUCCCAGAUUGCACAAUCUUCCAGAGCUGGGAAAUGACUCAUUUCCUGGAGACGGCUAUAAAAGGAGGGCCUCUUCAGCGCUAGAUUCAAACAGCAAACAGCUGAGAGCGAGAAAGCAGCUGAACACAGAAGAGGAAAAGUAGAGGAGAAAGGGAACUGAAAGAAGAGAAAAAUACUGCAGAAUAACAUAUACCUUCUCUACUCUUGCAUAGUACUCAGGCUUUAUCUGACGGCAUCCUGAAGAACAUUCUUUCAUCGUUAAUUAUUGCAAAAUUUGAAAAAUCAAAAUGGCAAGCAGCAGAAUCAUCAUUUUCUCCAUUGUGGUGCUCCUGUCCUUCCUAGCCAUCAGUGAAGGGAUGAGUUUGAGAAGUCUGGGAGUGGAGCUGCACUGUCGCUGCAUCCUGACAGAGAGCAAACCCAUCGGCCGACACAUUGAGAAGGUGGAGCUGAUUCCUGCCAACUCCAACUGCCAGGACACUGAGAUCAUUGCCACCUUGAAAAAGACAGGCCAAGAGGUUUGCCUCGACCCCGAGGCUCCCUGGGUAAAGAAAGUGAUCCAGAAAAUCAUGUCCAGCAACAGAAGACGCUGAACAAAUGUGAGAGAUGUGCUUCGUCAGUGAGCUGUUUAUCGCCAAAUGAAAAGUACCGAAGAGUAUUUUUUGAUCAGAUGAUCAAGUCAAGACAUACCACUCAUUUUAUUUUAAUACAUGGAACCACUGUCCUGAUCAGCUGUUGAAAAUGACAACAGAAUUCAUCCAGUCAAUUUGUUUGUAUCAAACAUACUGUUUAUUUAUGUCUUUCCUUGUUUCUAUGUCACAUAUGUAUGUUGCAGUCAGCAACUAUUUUCUGCUUGUAGAGUUUUUAAAAACUGCACAACUCUUCUCUUGUCUCGUUUAACAUACUUAUUUAUGUAUUUAUGAACAAUUGGUGUAUUUAAAUUUCUAUAUAUAUGGUUGUGUGUUUUGGGUGAUAUCUUGUUCAUUGAUUAAAAUAUUAUCUUUAAACUGAAAACAAA